AUGGUCACCUCCGAAGACUGGACCUCAAGCAAAUGGGCAAAGGAGCCACAAGGUAAAAGAAUGGCACAAACUUUGUUGAUGCCUUCAUUUUGGAAUACUGUUGUGUUUGCCCUUAAGGUCUCGGGUCCUUUUGUCAAAGUGCUUAGAUUGGUUGAUACCGAGAAGAAACCUCCCAUGGGAUACAUUUAUGAGGCAAUGGAUAGGACAAAAGAAUGCAUUGCAAGUUCAUUUGAUCAUAAAGAAGAGAAGUAUAACGAAAUCUUCGAAAUCAUCGACAAAAGAUGGGAUGUCCAAUUACAUCGGCCUUUACAUGCAGCUGCGCAUUUUCCUAAUCCAGAAUUCUUUUACCCAAAAGCGUUAGAGGUGCAAAAAGAUCAUGAAGUGAUGAAUGGAUUUUAUGAAUGCAUGCAAAGGUUGGUCCCGGAUGUCACUGUUCAAGAUUUGAUCACUAAUGAGAUGAGUAUUUAUAUGAAGGCUGAGAGUCUUUUUGGCAAGGCUGUUGCAAUUAGGCAAAGAAAUACAAGAGCACCAGCUGAUUGGUGGGCAUAUGGUUCUAAAACUCCAAACUUGCAAACUUUUGCCAUAAAAGUCCUUAGCCUAACAUGUAGUUCAUCGGGUUGUGAACGAAAUUGGAGUGUAUUCGAACAUCAUCAUAGCAAGAAAAGAAAUAGAUUGGAACAACAACGUCUCAAUGAUUUAGUGUAUGUCAAAUACAAUAGAACAUUGAGAUUUAGGUAUGACAUGCGCAACACUCUUGAUCUCAUAUCUUUCCAAAAUAUUAAUGAAAGCAAUGAGUGGUUGCUUGGGAGGAUGGAUGGAGAAUCAGAUGAAGAUAAUGAGCAUGUGUUUGAUGAUGAUGAUGGCUUGACGUGGGCCACUGUUGCUAGAGCUUUUGGAGUAGAAGAAAAUAGCCAUGCAAGUAGAGCAACAAGUUCACGCUCAAAGGCACAACCGAGUAUAUCUAAAUCAUCAACAUUGACUCCACUUCAAUUAAUAGAUGAAGAGGAAGCGGACUCAGAUGACACAGAGGAGGAAGAUGUUGAGGGAUAUAAAUCAACUGAUGGAGAAAAAGAUGUUGCCAUUGAUGUUGAGGAUGAUGAUUGA